AUGGCCUUUGACCCCGAAAACUUCAAGUUUGAAACCCCACAGUUCGACGCCCGGUUUCCCAACCAGAACCAGUCCAAGUAUUGUGCUCAGUCGUAUGUAGACUACCACAAGUGUGUCAAUGUCAAGGGUGAGGAAUUCGAGCCAUGUAAGAUUUUCUUCAAGACGUUUACUUCAUUGUGUCCCGUUGACUGGGUUGAAAAGUGGGAUGACCAAAGAGAGGCUGGAAAGUUCCCCGUCAAGAUGGACUAG